AUGCAGAAGACGACGUUGAUACCGACCCCGGAGACGGUGUCGACCACGUCGUCGACGCAAUCGAUCCUCAGCUCGACAGGGGGUCAACAGCCACUGGCGCCUCCUUCUGGCAUAGAGGAACCCGACAUUGAUAUGUUGGCGGCAGUCCGAUCUGACAUAAACACCAUUCAGGACACGUUCUCGCUGAAAGCGGUGCCUAGAGACGCGAUGAUCAUUGGUCUCGCGGGCGUCGUGCCGUACUUUGUUACUUCUGCAGGGACGUUCCUCUGCGCGAGCGAGAUCAUCACCGCCGACACGACGGCCACCGGCUACCUGUUCACCGCGAAAGGCGCCGAGAUGUUUCUCCAAAUCCUGGAACCUCUUCAGGUUGGCUAUGGGGCGGUGAUCCUUUCCUUCCUCGGCGCCGUCCACUGGGGCAUGGAAUGGGCCGGCUACGGCGGCCACCACAGCUACAAGCGCUACGCGAUCGGCGUGUUCGCGACGGCGUUCGCGUGGCCCACGAUUCUACUAGAGGCAGAGACGGCGCUCAUCUCCCAGUUCGCGGCGUUCGUACUGCUAUAUUACGCGGACACGGCGGCGACGGUGCGCGGUUGGGCGCCGCCGUGGUAUUCGACCUACCGGUUCGUGCUGACGUUCGUGGUGGGCGCGGCGAUCUGCGUGUCGUUGAUUGCGAGGUCGAUGGUGAAGGAUAAGGUGGUGGUGCAUCGGGGGCCGAUGAGUCGGUUUCGAAACUUCACGGACGAGUUGAGGAUUGAGAAGAAUAAGGGGGAGAAGAUCCAGGCAGAGGAGGGGGGGUGA